UUGAAAGAUAUCAACUGUGAAUUUAAAAGCAGUGCUUAAUUUUAAGCAUAAUGAAGUUUUUGGUCUUUUUUUGUGCAUUUUUCUUUAUUGCUUGUUAUGCAUCUGAUGAGCAAGUAGCUUUUGUGAAUAUUGGAAGUGUCAACGGAACUGAUUCUUCAGGCGUCAAUUAUCAGAAAACAUUCUACUUACCAAGAUAUUUUCGAACAACAUGGAUGCUUGCAAGAGCAAUGUGUAAAUCAUAUGAUUUGGAAUUUGCAUCAGCUGAUACACUAGAUGAAGCCACAACUCUUGUCAGCUUUGUCAAAAAUAAUUCCGGAUAUGUCUACGUCACAGCAUUAAUUGGAGGCUUAACUCUUACACCAAAAUCUAAAACUGAUUGGUAUUGGGUAAAUUCUGGAAAUAAAGUGGCUUAUGAUAUUCCUUGGUACGUGACACAGCCUAAUAACUAUGAAGGCAAAGAGCAAUGCUUGGGAAUUGGACGAGGCUAUAAAGAUAAAUUUGAUUUUCAUGACUAUAAGUGCAUGGGAGAAGAUUUAACAUUUAUAUGUCAGAAAAUAGAGUAUUAAGAAGAUUGGGGGCUCAUUCUGGUUCCGUUCCUAAGAAAAGAUUUAAAGUUUACAUGAAUUUUCCAUUAAUUGCUUUAAAUUGUAACUGAAAAUUGGAAAUAAAAAACUAAAAAAUUUUGAAAUAAUUUUUUU